AACGAGUUUUCGCAGCUGUCCGGCCACCACGCCCACGAGUCAAUGAACCGGCGCAUGUUCUACGGUAAUUCGCUGGGCCUGACGAUCGCUACGCCGGGAAUCCUUCAUAGGUCUGGAGUUCCCGUCGCAUACGGUGGGUGAGGUAGUUCGGCAGCGGUUCCUCGACCAUGCCGGUGCCCUCCACCCUCUCGGCUCGUUCAGCACGGCAUAGAAGUGCCAUGUCUGAGCGGCGCAGGCCAGCAUCCGAAGGACCAGCGGCGGAGGAGCGACGACAUACGACGAUGCUCAACGGCACGGAUUUGUGGGAUCGUCCAAACUGGCCUCUGGCAUCACCGGAGCCCGAUGGAGAAGAGAUGGAUGCUGCGUUGAAGGAAGAGCUGGAGGAGGAGAGCACAGCGAGGCGCAAGUCUCAGGAUACCAACGGCAUUCUGGGAGAUGGAUACACAUACUACGAGCACAAUGUGAGCGAUGUCGAGGAAGAAGCGGAUACGGAAACGGGUGCAUCUUCGUCGUCGCACACUCUGCCGCAGGACAAGCCACCGAGUCGUACGUCGGCCAAGUUCCACAGGGUCGCCAGUUUGGAAAGCCUCGAAUCUCCACUGCCCAGCGUUUCACCUCUGGGGGCCAGACAUCAAGGAUCGCCUUCGUUGUUCAAUCCCGGCUCUACUGCGACUGUCUCUGCUGAUCUCAGUCGCUCAACUAAUGAUACCAUUUCCACGCAUGAAACAACAAACACAUCUCCGCGACCACGGCAGCAGUCGAUACAAUUCCAAAUCAAUGGGCAAGAGCAGCGCGCAGAGGAUGAUGAGGAGCAUACCGAACGCCGCAGCACGUUAACGACAACGCCUAUCAACAGUUCCCGCAACAGCCAUCCGUCUCCCGUCCUCCAGCAGGCCUCUCGUCUCAGCUACUUUCCAGCGCCAGGCUCGACCAACGUUGACGGCUCGAACCGUUUCUCCUCCACCAGCCAAGCGCCGAUGCAGUAUAGCUCUGUGCAUCGGCGAACCUCUACUCGCUCAUCUUGGGGUACCACAACGAUCUCACCGCAGAAAGAGUGCCUGCGUUACAGCUGGCAGUCAUUGAAAGAUGUCGAGCCGAAUCGUCCAAGGAUACACAUCAUCAAGCUCGUGUCGAACAGCGUCACGGCGUCUGCAGGAUUCCCGACUGGCGAAGCUUUUGGGUUCUCAAUAUCGCCACGAGGGAGGAGGGUCGCAGCGUACAACAGUGCAAGGCUAUUCGUCCUUCAAGCGGCCGCAUUGCCAGUGGGCAUCACACAGGAAUAUGCGCUCAAGAGAAGGCCGCUCGCGGUGGAGGUUACGGACUUGGGGAGUACAAUGGCAGUUCUGGCUGACGACCACACGAUUAAUGUCUACGACAUUGGGUUGAAAGUGAGGAGAAGUCGGACAAUCAAGCUGGACUAUCCCACAACCUGCAUUGCACUUGCACCGACAGGCGGUCUGUUGGCAGCGGCUUAUGAGGGCGGCAUCGAGAUCUUCUCCUUGGACCCAAAGGCAAUGCCUACGGACCGAAGAGCUGUCCGAAGUGUCAAGGUCGACCGACUGGCAUUCUCCGAAGACGGAUCGACAUUAAUGGGCACAACCACUCGGGUGAAUGCCUCGUCCACGGUCGUUGUCUCAGUACCUGUCUUUCCGGCUUCCCACAGCAACAUUCCAACCCACGAAGAGUUGAAAGAAGCUUGGUGCUCCAAUCUCCUCCAUCCCGAGAACAUUCGCAACAGCAGCCACGCCGUCUUCAUGCGAGAGAAUCGCCAAACCAACAAUGAGAAGCUCUUCGCCUGGAACGGUCUUGAAGACACAUUCGGCCUCCUCAACAUGAGCGACCUGACCUAUGGCAACAUCGAAUUCCCCAUUGUCAUUUUCCCGCCGCUGUCGACCAACGGCGGCCUCGGCGCCGCGGUACAUUCUUGUCCUACGAUUGAUGAGUUCGGCGAUACCAUCGCUGUUAUUGUCAACGAUCGCACGAUUCGACUGUACAUUGUCCCGCCUAAGCAGCAGGAUGAGGAGACCCCGGUUGAGGCGCAUAGCAUUGAUCAUCAAUUAGAUGAAGGGUAUGGGUGUCCGUUCAGCGAGGUGCGAUGGAUGCAUAGUAGCCCAUCGUUGCCGGCGCCGGCGGACAACUUGGUACCCGUGCAGGGAAGGCUGAUCGUGACGAGUCCCGGCGGAGUGAGUGAGAAUGGCGAUGAGGGAGUAGAGGACGUGGAGGGUGGAAGGAUCAUUCUUUUCGACUUCGAUCCGCAGUUCUCGGGACAGCCUGGCCAGACAUUCAGCUUGAUUCUUGGCAAAUGUCCGCCCCAAAUGCUGGAGGAAGAGCAGGUCGACGUCGCCGAGCAAGUGGCAUUGGUGAGGAAGAGAUCAGUUGCUCAGCACAACCGAGGCGCUCUCAGCCAACGACCUGCACUCAUCGGACGAGCGGCGAGCACCAUCGUUUCGCGAUCUCAGCGAGGAGUCAGUCCGGCUUUUACCAAUUCGAGCAUGGGACAUCAUGGCCGCAGUCGAGCCAGCAUGAUUUCCAUCGGCACGAUGCAGUCUGACGGAGCUAGAAGCUUGCCAGAUCUGAUGGAGAGCAACGAGCAGGCGGAUGUGUACGAGGAGCCAUAUAUGCCUGGUCAGCCAAGAUCGCAUGCCUCCCUGCAGCGCGCGGCUUCGAAUGCGCAGAGACAUCGAUUCCAGACGUUGGAGGAGAGGAAUCGAGAAGGCAUCAGCGUAGAACAGUCCACCGGGAACUUCUUGAGUCUGCCAGAGUACAGCGAGGAGCCGAAUGCGCCUCUGCCGCAGAAGUUUCGUGCCCUGGCUGGUCUAGAUGGUCCGCAAAUGUUCGACCCAAGCAAAGCGAAGAGGAUAGACGAAGACAUCACGGAGUUCCCACCCAGAAGCAGCUCUCGAGCUAAUGGUGCGCCAGAUGGCAGCCCAGUCGCUGGAGGUAGCGGAGAGCGGUCAAACUCGCCACUUCCAGGAGUCUCGCCCACGGGUGGUCUACCCUCAACUUACCCUGCCGCGCGCUCUUUCACGCCAACUCUCCGUGGAGGUGAACCGCAUCGUCCCGACUCUCCCGCCGGCAGUACUCGCACCUUCGACUCGCAAAGCCAGAACGGGACCAUGGCACCAUAUGGCACCAUCGCCAGUCUCCCUCGCGGUCUACAACGGGCGUACGGCAAUGCCGUCUCUCCGAUGAGUGGAGUUCCUGCACCUCGCUCGGAUAACGGAGACGAGCCGUGGGACAUCAUCUCACCGGUCUCGCGCCUUGACAACUGCUCCGCGUCCCCCAUCUCGCCAUACGUCCACAGCAUCCCUCAGCGCCAACCCUCCCAACUCUCAUAUAAUCCUCGCUUCUCCGCCCUCGCCCCAGGUAUUCAGACCUCUCCCUCCCGCGCCCCGAGCUCAGCCGGCUCCUACAAUCCCAGUACCUACAGCAAUGAUUCGCACUAUUCUCCCACCUCUCGGCGGUUGCCGCCUCACAUGCAAGCCUUCCGCAACGCGGCCGCGGCAGCCGCCAUGCAGAAUCCGACAGCCUCCGGCUCCGCCUCUCUCUUUCCCAUGAACCAGUCCCGCGACCACGUUCCACUACGAACGGUCCAAAGUUCUGGCAAGGCGGGAAGCGUGGCGCAUCCUGUCACGGGUUGGCAUCCGCCUGCUGCUGCUUCGACGCCGACGUUGAGGGACUCGGGCAAGGUGAUGGAACCUCUGAACGGACUGGCGAGGACGGCGUCGGAGAGAAGUACGAAGAGUGCGGCGUAUGUGAUUACCGGUGGGAGGGCGAAGGGAAGAAAGGGCGGCUUUUUCCAUCGCGGAAAGGGGAGGCAGGAAUUGCUGGAGGCGGACGCCGGGAGUUAUAUGGAGAAGAAGAGUGUGUUUACGAAUCGGAGUCGGAGGGGUGACAGGGACGGGAAGUGUGCGGUUAUGUGA